GGAGCGUCUCCACCGCCGCGGGUAGAAUCCCCGGGCUACAGGACGGCGGCCAGUUUGGAAGUUUUGAUGCAUAUGAUCACAACCACCAUGAUUUUUAUGAUUCUUGGUGCUUCUGUUGUAAUGGCGAUAGCCUGUUUAAUGGACAUGAACGCACUACUGGAUCGCUUUCACAACUACAUCUUACCGCAUCUACGAGGGGAGGACCGCGUCUGUCACUGCAACUGUGGAAGGCAUCAUGUCCACUAUGUAAUCCCAUACGAUGGGGACCAUUCCUUGGUGGACUCAUCAGAGAACUACUUUGUGAGUGACAGUGUGACGAAGCAGGAGAUGGACUUGAUGCUGGGGCUGCUGCUGGGCUUCUGCAUCAGCUGGCUGCUGCUGUGGCUUGACGGAGUCCUACACUGUGCCGUCAGGGCCUGGAGGGCGAGCCGCUACUACGAUACCCCAUCCUGGUCAUGGCUGCCCCAAUUCUGCAACCUUCGAGACCUCCGUCGCCGAGCCCAGCUCAGACAGCUGGAAGACUCCAGUGGCAACAUGGUCCACAUCAAGCAGAAGCUCUACCACAACGGCCACCCUAGUCCCCGUCACCUCUGACUCUAAAAAACAAAAUAACAAAAAAAACCCUAGACCCUUUCCCCUAAGACCCAUUCUCCUCUCCUCAUCCCCCUUUCCAAACUGCCCCUUGGCCAACUGUUGCCUCAGAGACCCUGGAAAACUGCCCUCCCACUGUCCAUAACAUGGCCCCCUUAAUCCCUCAUGACAGGACUUUCUUAUGACUAAACCCGGCCCCUGUCAGCACUAAAAAAAAUCCCAAAAUGGAGCAAGAUGACGAUUAUUUGUUGCCACUGAAAUCUUGUCUUAUGUCCAUGU